AUGGCAAAGCGCUAUAUUUACUUCUUUGAGGAAGUCGGCGAAGUCGAGAAACUCGUUAACGGCGACCGCGACAAAGUUCUCGGACUCCUUGGUGGCAAGGGUGGCAACCUUGCUUGGAUCGCUAAACUCGGCGUUCCAGUUCCAAAGGGUUUCACAAUCACAACAGAGGCCUGCAAUGAUUUCUACAAGCAGGACCCACCAGCUUACCCACCAGGCCUUUGGGAAGAACAGACCAAGGCUAUCGCCCGUCUCGAAGAGAUGACCGGCAAGAAGUUCGGCUCUGCUGAGAAGCCACUUCUCGUUUCUUGCCGCUCUGGCGCUAAGAUUUCCAUGCCAGGUAUGAUGGACACAGUUCUCAACAUCGGUCUCAACGAUGUCACAGUCCAGGCCAUGAUCAAGCUCACAAACAACCCACGUUUCGUUUACGACUCAUACCGCCGCCUUCUCCAGGGCUUCGGUGCUAUCGUUCUCGGAAUUCCAGAUGAGAAGUUCGAAGCUGCUCUCCACAAGAUGCAGAAGUCCAAGGGCUACAAGGGCGACAACGACUGCAAGGCUGAGGACUGGGACGAACUUGCCAAGGAGUACAAGAAGAUCAUCCUUGAGGAAACAGGCAAUGAGUUCCCACAGGACCCAAUCGAGCAAGUUAAGAUGGCCACACUCGCUGUCUUCUCAUCCUGGAACUGCGAACGUGCUAUCGACUACCGUAACAACUUCAAGAUCCCACACAACCUCGGCACAGCUGUUAACAUCAUGUCCAUGGUCUUCGGUAACAUGGGUGAUACAUCAGCUACAGGUGUCGCCUUCACACGUAACCCAUCAACGGGCGAACGCAAGCUUUGGGGUGAAUACCUUAUCAACGCUCAAGGCGAAGAUGUCGUCGCUGGUGUCCGCACAGCCGACAAGAUCGAGUCCCUCGAGACAAAGAUCCCAUCCGCUUUCAAGGAAUUCGUAGACAUCACAGCCAAGCUUGAAGCUCACUUCAAGGAUAUGCAAGAUGUCGAAUUCACCAUCGAAGAAGGCAAGCUUUGGAUGCUUCAGACACGUAACGGCAAGCGUACAGCUACAGCCGCCGUCAAGGUUGCCAACGAGAUGGUUCAGGAAGGCCUCAUCACAAAGGAGCAGGCUGUCAACAGAAUCAGCCCAGCUGAAGUCGACCAGCUUCUUCACCCACACUUCGAUGCCAACGACCUCAAGAAGGCUCAGCCAAACCUCUUCACAAAGGGUGUCAACGCUUCCCCAGGUGCUGGUGUCGGCAAGAUCUACUUCUCUGCCGAAAUGUGCAAGAAGAAGGCCAAGGAAGGCGAAGAUGUCAUCAUGGUCCGCCAGUUCACAAAGCCAGAUGAUAUCGGUGGCAUGCUCGUCGGCAAGGGUGUCAUCACUGCUGAAGGUGGUGCUGCCUCCCACGCUGCUGUCGUCGCUCGUCAGCUCGGCUUCCCAGCUGUCGUCGGCUGCGGCUCAAUCUCCAUCGACUUCGAAGCUCUUACAGUCACAUCCAACGGUGUCACACUCCACGAAGGUGAUGUCGUCUCCGUCGAUGGCACAACAGGCCAAGUCUUCAAGGGUGCUAUCCCACUCACAAAGCCAAACCUCAACGACCAGAAGGAUCUUCAACAAAUCCUCAAGUGGGCUGAUGAAAUCCGCUCUCGCGAGGGUGGCCGUAAGUCCAUCAACAACGGCCCAACACGUGGUCUCAUGGUUUGGGCUAACGCCGACUCUCCAGUCGAUGCCCAGCGUGCUAUCGAAUUCGGCGCCGAAGGUAUCGGUCUCUGCCGUACAGAACACAUGUUCCUUGGCGACCGUGCUGCCAUCGUCCGUAAGAUGAUCCUUGCUGACAACGACAAGGACCGUGAAGCCGCUCUCGAUGAACUCGAGCACGUCCAGACACAGGACUUCGUCCACAUGUUCAAGUCCAUGUCCGGCCUUCCAACAAUCAUCCGUCUCAUCGACCCACCACUCCACGAAUUCCUUCCAGAAUACGACCAGCUUCUUGAGGAAGUUACAGUCCUCCGCACACGUAAGGAACUCGGCGCUCCAUACGAUCCAAAGAUGCUCGAAGAGAAGGAAAUGCUCCUCUCCAAGGCCAAGUCAAUGCACGAGUCCAACCCAAUGAUUGGUACACGUGGUGUCCGCCUUUGCCUCGUCAUCCCAGGCCUCGUCAAGAUGCAGAUCUCCGCUAUCCUUGAGGGUGUUGCCAUCGCCCAGAAGGAAGGCGCUAACCCACUUCCAGAGAUCAUGGUUCCACUUACAAUGGAUGUCUCUGAACUCCAGCGCAUCAAGCCAACAUACAACGAGAUCCUCGAGAAGGUCCAAAAGGAACACGGCAUCAAGAUCCACUGCAAGUUCGGCACAAUGAUCGAAGUUCCACGUGCUGCCCUCACAUCUGGCCAGAUCGCUACACUCGCUGAAUUCUACUCAUUCGGCACAAACGAUCUCCACCAGAUGACACUUGGUCUUUCUCGUGAUGACUCUGAAGGCUCCUUCCUUCAGAACUACUACGAAUGGGGUCUCUUCAAGGACUCUCCAUUCCAGACAAUCGAUCAGAACGGUGUCGGUCGCCUCAUGAAGAUCGCCGUCGAAGAUGGCCGUGUCACACGCCCAGACCUUUCUGUCGGUAUCUGUGGUGAGCACGGUGGUGAUCCAAAGUCUAUCGACUUCUGCCACCGCCUCGGCAUGAACUACGUCUCCUGCAGCCCAUUCCGUAUCCCAAUCGCUCGUUUGGCCGCCGCUCAGGCAGUCAUCCGCAACCCAGUCUAA